AUGGGAAGCGUCAGCGCUGGUGGUGGAAAUGCCGGUUGCAAUAGUAGCAACGGCAGCAGUGGUACUGACAAAGCCAUAGCCAGGCUACUGUAUGCUAUGCUGAGGCAGAAGAGCCUCAAGGACAUUGACUGGGACCAAGUAGCCCGGGAUCCCGCCCUGCUGGAGGAGAUUUCAAACGGCCAUGCCGCCCGGAUGCGAUUUUCCAGAUUUCGAACUACUGUCGAAAACCAGGGAAAGCCUCGCCGGAGUCGGCUGUCAGGUGGCUCCACGUCGUCAAAUGUCUCUGCAGUCUCUACUUCGUCCAUUACAAGUUUCAAAGUCAUGAAGCCCAAGCGGGACGUAAAGGACAAAUGCCGUGACGCUUCAGGCCAGAGAGGACUGCCAAAAUGGAUUCGUGAUGCCGACGUCAAGAUGGAAGAAAUACAAGGUGCCGAUCGAGACGACGGUGAACAGGAUGACCAGCCUGCAGAGAGAAAGGAUGGCAUGAAGACUGCACUCUCGUUGUUGCCCUUGUCGCCUCCAAGAGAGAAUCUGUCUGGUAUCUCCCGUCUCAAGAGAAGAAAGACGUAUGUGCCAUCCAUCGCCAGGAUGCAAAGUCAGCAGGUGCUGCACUCAUCGCCCUCUCAAACACAGCUUCCGUUUUUCGUUUCAGGACACUCUGGAUACGACAGCCAUGCCCUUGUGCGCAAUCCGUCCUCCUCAUCAGCCCCUGAACUGCCAUCGCAGCUUCGGAUGCGGCACCUCACCCCGUGCAGUGAUGCUGACCAGGCCACGGCGAUGACGGCGGCCGAUGUCUUUGACUUCAACACUGCUACAGCCGCCGCAGCAUCUAUUGCUGCCGCCCAUUAUAGCAGCAGUGGCAGCUACGAGACCGCCUGGAUGACUGGUCCCAGCCACCAUAGUCACCCGCAGCAGCUGCCCUCUCCGUUUUCUCCCUCCUUGGGAGACUUUGGCAUAGCUGCUCCCAUGGAUCCGUCUGGAGUCACGGCCAGUCAUUUCUACCAGGCCAGCCUCCAGCAGGAACAGCCACAUCAGAGCAGCAUCUGUUUGCCAGGCUACGCAAUGGAGCACCACAGCAUGGCGCCACAAGCCUACUCCAGACACUGCAUCGAGUGGAAUGCGUCGCCCGGCCAUGUCAACAACCAUGACAGCCAGUGUCACAGCCAGCUUCACACCAUGUGA